UCUUGUCUCGUCUGCAGCAGCAGCAGCAGCAAGAAUAGUAACAAUGGAGGAGACGCUAAUGGCUUACUUAAAGAAGAGGAGGAAGAGAAAUUUAAUGACAUUUGGCUGCUUUUUAAAGAAGCUCAGCAGAAUAUUCUUUACUUAAAUAAACUACGCCUUGUGGCUGUUGAAGAGCUCAAUAAAGCAAACAGAGAGAAGCAGUUGUUGCUUGAUAAAAUCCAGCAAUUGGAGGCUGUCAACAAAUUAGGAAAUGAGCAAUCAUUGUGGCGGGAAUUGCUGCUUCGGAUUGACUCAAUGGUCCUAACUGGCUUGAUUGAUUCUGCUGAGGCUUCUGGUAUGAGAAAAGCAGUCAUGGGCAACAAGUUUAGUGUAGCUCUUGUUUUCUUCGACAUCCGGCAGAAAACUGAUGCUGAGCUUCUGGCACAACUCCGUCACUUCUCCGAUGGAAGCAGAAAGAAUGGUUUUCAUAUAAUCCAAAUUUGCACUGAAAUGGAACCACUGGUAUCGGUUGGAUCCUUGUCAUCGUAUGUGACAGGCUUAUCAAAGGCACUGCAGAAAAAAGGACACAUAGUGGAGGUUAUUUUGCCAAAGUAUGCAUGUCUGGACCUCACUGAAAUGCAAGGACUGCGAGAAAUUGAGGCAGAGUUGUAUUCAUAUUUUAAUGGUCAAUUGCAUGGAAACAGAAUUUGGACUGGCAUCGUCCAUGGCAUUGGAGUCACUCUCAUUCAACCUUUGUACUAUUCAUCCUUUUUUGAUCGUGAAAGGGUAUAUGGCUACUCAGAUGACUUUGAACGAUUUACCUAUUUCUCUCGUGCUUCAUUGGAUUAUAUAGCAAAAUCUGGAAAGCAGCCUGAUGUGUUGCACAUACACAAUUGGGAAACUGCUAUUGUCGGGCCACUCUUUUGGGAUAUUUUUGUUAAACAGGGGCUUGGAGGUACCAGAGUAUUGUUGACAUGCCAUGGCUUUGACUCACAAUGCCUUGAGCAACCUGAUAAGCUAGCACUGUGCGGACUUGAUCCUGCUAGACUUCACCGUCCUGACCGUUUACAAGAUCACACUAUGACACAUCUUGUCAAUAUUCUGAAGGGUGGACUUGUGUACUCAAAUAAAGUUGUUAUGGUGCAAUCUAUUUAUUCAAAAGAAAGGAUCAUUAAUAGUUUCAGUCACGGAUUAGAACCUACCUUAGCAAUUCACAAGGACAAGUUGCUUAUUUCUCCUUGUGGGUUUGACAACUCCAUCUGGGAUCCUUCAAAGGACAAAUUUCUUCCAAAAAAUUAUAGUGCAGAUGACCUAAAGGGGAAAUCCAUUUGCAAAGUUGCAUUGCAGCAGCAGCUGGGGUUAUCCAAAAAUUCAUCUACUGUUUGA